AUGAGACAAGUGGGCCGUAUAUAUGAAAAGAUCUAUCUGAACAAAGACACCGCACUGCAGACGGCCAAGAACCAUGCGGCCGCGCUCAUGAUGAAACCUUUCGGUAGCGGGCACAUCGGCGUCAAUGGCUAUGUUAUGAUGUACCUCGCGAAAUGGAAGCGUUUUGCUGUUCUGCUGCUCUUCGUAUGGAUUGUCGUCACCUAUCUUGUUAUAUCGCCAUUGAGAUGCGACGGAAGCACAGAGGAAGCAGUGGAGUUCCAAGAUAGAUUGAGGAAGGUGUCGUUGCAACUUGAGUCUCUCAAAAUACAACACAAUAAGCUCAUCUCUCAAGUCAAAAAGUCAUCUGGUCUUAACGCAAAUCUCAAAGACAUAGACACGACGUCAUUCUUCGACGCCGUCGGAGGUCCAUCAGAAGAAUAUGAGAAUCUCAGGAGGAGAAUAUUCUCGAAUACAAAGGAGCUGUGGUACUUCGUCAACCACGAGCUGACGAAGCUCAGCAAAGGAGACAUCAAGGUGGAUAAGGUGCAAGGGCUCUUAGAACAAGUUGCACAUAGGAAGAGCUUUAUUCUAUCAGACCAGCAGAAGCUUCCAGAGUUAGAUGGCUACCAGGACUGGCGGCAGCUGGAAGCGGCCAACGUCAGCGACCUAGUCCAACGGAGACUUAAGUAUCUUCAGAAUCCGAGCGACUGCAGAGACGCUAGGAAGGUCAUCUGUAACUUAAACAAGGGUUGCGGGUUUGGCUGCCAACUGCAUCACAUAGUGUAUUGCUUAAUAUUUGCAUACGCUACCGAGAGAACCCUUAUACUCAACUCUAAGGGUUGGAGGUACAACACUAAAGGGUGGGAGUACGUAUUCCAUCCCAUAUCAGAAAGCUGCGUCAGCGCAUACGAUGACAAAGUUGUACAAUGGCCAGCGAACUACGAUCCAAAGGUCGUGUCCCUACCGUUUAUCGACUCCAUAUCCCAGAAGCCGAAAUUUUUGCCACUCGCUGUCCCAUCCGACCUAGCACACCGGAUAGUGCGUUUCAAUGGCGACCCUUCCUCGUGGUGGAUCGGACAGAUGCUGAAGUAUAUAUUGAAGCCUCGGCCUGCGAUGCAGCGUGCUAUUAACGAGACCAUAGCCAAGAUGCACUUCAAGCGGCCUAUCGUUGGAAUACACAUUCGUCGCACAGAUAAAGUGGGAACAGAAGCGGCAUUCCACAGUAUAGACGAAUAUAUGGUGCAUGUGAAACAAUAUUACGACCAGCUCGAGUUAACGCAGCCGGUCGAUGCGAGAAGAGUCUAUCUAGCCAGUGAUGAUGCGAAUGUAUUAGGAGACGCUCGUACGAAAUACCCAGAUUACGAGUUCCUCGGCGACCCGUCUAUAGCAAAAACGGCCGCCACGCAUCGUCGAUACACGCCGGUGUCCCUCACCGGUCUGUUGGUGGAUUUGCAUAUGCUGGCCAUGUGCGAUUAUAUUGUGUGCACGUUUAGUAGUCAGGUCGGCAGAGUGGCGUACGAGAUGAUGCAAACGAACCGCGUAGACGCGUCGGAUAGUUUCUAUUCUCUAGACGACAUAUACUACUUCGGUGGCCAAAACGCUCACAACAGACGUGCCAUUAUGGACCACUCGCCGCAGGAGGCGCACGAGAUAGCUUUCCAGGUCGGAGACUUAAUCGGAGUCGCCGGGAACCAUUGGAAUGGUUUCGGACGAGGGACCAAUAAGAGGACUAAUAUGAACGGCCUAAUUCCCUGGUACAAGACGGCGGAUCACCUCGUCUUGUACCCAUUCCCUGAGUACAAGCAAGUCAGUAAUUACGACACAAGGCAGAACGACUUAUAG